GGGAGCUCACAAGGAUGCGCUCCAUUCACAAGAUGGGACCAAAGGCUUUCUCACUGCUAAUCUCAGCUCUGCUGAUAGCCACAGUACAUUCCUCUCGGAAAAUGAGUCUGAGCAUCAUCCCAUCAAACGGUGAAAUAUAUGUCGGAGAAACAAAGUAUUUCAUGUGUAAAGCUACUCAGGAGGCAGAGCUGAAAUGGGUAACCACCGAGGGCGAUUUAGAAGACGAACCUGGACGAUUUGAGACAGAAAAAGUUGAUGAAACUUUGAUUGGUGUUAAUGUAACAUUAUCCAGUUUUGAGCCUGAUCAAGUUAUCAAAUGCCAAGGGGAAACUGACUCUGGGGAGUCAUCAGAACAGGAAAUCACACUAUCUGUUAUCCAGAGACCCAAGAUUGUUGGAGACUUUGGAGCAAAGAAAGAAUUCACUGCUGGUUCUCAGGUUAAGAUCCCGUGUUUAGCGGAAGGCAUCCCAAAACCCAAAAUCUCCUGGAUGCACAAUGGAAAAGCAGUGAGCGGGUCUCAAGAUGGAUCUCUACAAAUUGACCAAAUCCAGCUGGAGGAUUCUGGGAUCUACAGCUGCGCAGCCUCCAUUGACGUCCGUGGCGAGAAGGACCAGAAAAGCGUGUCUAUUACUGUGAAUGCGGCUCCAGUUGUACGUUUGCCUAAUAAGCACCUGAAUGCUACCUCGAAAUCAAAUACGUCUCUCACCUGUUCAGUCACAGGAAACCCUGCCCCUCACAUCACCUGGAGAAGGGGGGAACAGCCCGUCCUUCACGAUGGGGAAAAGUAUAUUCUCAGUUCUAAUGGCCAGAAGCUGCUAAUCGUAGACCUUGAUAAGUCUGAUGAAGGAGAAUAUACCUGCAACGCAACAAACAGCUUGGGAAUGGAGAGCGCGAGCCUAGUUCUAGAAGUUACAAGUGAACACGAGAAGGGUUUAGGAGCAGGUGUGAUUGUUGGCAUCCUUCUCAUCUUAUUUUUGGUUGUAAUGUUGGCUGUUGACUUGAUGUGCUUUCGAACCAGAAGACGUGGUGUUUUCAUGUACAUUUCCACCAACCUGUUGGGGAAGUCCGUUGCAAGAGUCAAGCUUGAAGAAACAGAGGUCAAGAAAGGGUCUACUGACAAGAACCAGGUAGUAAACAUCUCAGGGAUCGAUGCCUGACACGAGAAUCCCAUUUGUGUUACUGGAGGAAAAACAAAUGCUAGUCCUAAAUUUAUCAAAUUUAAAUAGACAUUAAGACGGACAUACAUUGGGGUGACUAAGGCCCCAUCUCAGUGCCAUCUCUCAUUGUAUGAAGUUUGUGCGUAACUUGCAGCCACCAAAAUAUUGUACAGAAACCAAAAGGGAACUGUACAGACUGGACGCAUUCUACACUGGAGACAACACUGCAGCUCAUCUUAAUAUGCAAUAAAAUUCUUUCUCUGUAUAAUCAUAAAACCAUGGAAAAUAGACUCUGAGGAUGAACACACUCACCGCCACAAGGGGAGCCAUGUUACGUUCCGUUUAUUAGCUGAUUGAGUCAUCUAUCUGCCCUUCAAAUCCAAGAUUCGUCCAACAUCACAACUCAGUCACUCAGUAUUGGUAGCAACCACAGUGUUUAAUGGAAAAGGACAUACAGGUUACAAAAUAUCAAGCGAAAAACAAACCCCAAUACACAUAUCAUAAAAAUGGCAGCUAUUACAAGAGAUAUCUUAACACCAAGAUUCACUAGAAAUCUGUUAUUUUGAUGGAUAAAACCUUUGACAGUGAUAACUCCUGAUAUUCCUAAAUUAACUGGUUUAUCGUUUAAUUCAAUGAAGAACCAAGCAGGAAAUAUUAGAUGUUUUAUUUAUUUAAAAAGUAAAAUAUGUGAUAUUGCUGUACAAUAUCCUGCAAUAAAACAGGCAGCAGGAUGUGUUAGGUGACAUCCAUAACCUGUUGUUGUUCUGCCUGUCAGACUAUUUAUUUAUUUAUUAUACUUAUUGGGGUUUUUUUUUAGUGAAUUGAGAGGUAUUAUCCUUUCAAGAAAGAAAUUAUGCAAAAAUCCUUCGAAAUUUUAGGUUUUGCCACGUGUUUAUAACAAAAAGAAUACUGGUGAGAUGAGCUUUGUGAAUAGGUAUGUAAAACACUACACAUUCCUAACUUAUCCACAUCAUCAUUUACUGAGAAUUACUCCUCAUGAGUUAUUAACCAAAAAUAUAUUUAAAAAAAAACAAUAAAGAAAUUAACAUUUAAAAUACAUAAAUACAUGUUUAAAUGAAAAGUCAGAAAAAAAUAGCAUUGCUAAACAAUCCUUAAAUAUAAUAAAUAAUGAAAAAAUUAUAGCCGUACGGGGAACAUAAGGUCCACCAUUAAGGAAAAUGAAUACAAUCUUCCCAAUUUCACUCUUUCUGGCAUUUAUAAUGGGCAUUAGACUCUGUCCUUAGACACGUGUUGCGUAUCAUUCUACAAGAAGACUUGAAAAUGUCUGUGUCAGGUAUAUUAAACUGCUCCUCAUCCUUACAGUGACGGCGAUUAUAGGAGACAUUGUCCAUCAACAUUUGAAAAAUUUUGACCCCCGUAUCCUAGAUCAUUAACUUUUUCAGUCACAAUGUCCGUGUUGCAUUUUGAAAGAAAAGUAUAGUGAUGUAAUACAGGCCAACGCGUUUCACAUAUAGUAAUAUCUGUAUUUCCUGCUCAUUUUUUGACCGAUCUGUGUAAAUGUUCUAAACAUACAUCAGCAUUAUAAAUAUAUCUUAAUAGACCUCAGUUUUUAAUGUAAAUCCCCAUCAGGAAAAUAGCCUCCAAAAAUGGGCAAUAUGGCACCAUUUAUUGCAUUAUUAUUGGUCUGAAGAUUGUAGGCUGGUAUGAUCACCUACCUGCUAUUUACCUGUAUAUAUAUUUAUUCUUCCAUUGGACAGUGCAGU